AUGAUGGAUGUUGCUACCGACGUAGUAGGAGAUUGGUUAUCGUGGAGGGGAGGAGCACAGUGGGAUCUUCGGAAUCCACAGAAAGACUUCGAGCCAAACGAUAACGCGCCAAUCUCUCUGAUUUUGGCUUGGCGACACAUCCAGCAUGGAACACAUGAUUUACAUACUCCGAGAUGAAUCUUCGCGGGUGGCGUAUCUCUUGCAGAUGGGUACUUAAUUUCAUAUGCUGAGCUGAUGAUCCAGCACUCGCUCUUCUGUGUGAUGAUGGUAAUCAAGAAUGCAUCACCAGGUACCAAAAAAAAUGAGGGUCCGUCAGCCGUGGAGAUGGAUGAAUCCGAAUGGAAUAGACGCUGGCGGAGUCAGAGAUCAAGUUUGUUACAUAUCACAUGGGAUGCUUAACUACGAAAUCGCAAGGCACAAACACACCUAGAACUAGCAGGCGUGUAUCUGUGAUUAGUUGUAGAUAGCUCGAAUUGUUAGGAGGUAAGAAGCGC